AUGCCUAGAGAAAAUUGGCUUGUGAUUGGGAUUUCCGGGGCUACUUGUAGUGGAAAAACAACAAUUGCAAAGGAACUUCAUUCAUUGUUUGGUAACAGUGUACUGUUGCAACAAGAUGAUUACUUUUACGAUGAAAAAAUUAUAGAAUCGAGUAAUUCCACAACCACUACUCAGUGUAAAUCAACAGAAAUUGAAAUAAAAUUUAAAGAGAAAUUUUGCUCAACCGACGUCAUACCUUCUGUUUAUUGCAUAAUCAAUAAAUUUCAAAAGCUUCAGUUGGUUCCCAACAUAUUAUUUAUUGAAGGAUUUUUAAUAUUUAAUGAUGAUCAAUUGCAAGAUUUAUGCGAUUUGAAAUUUUAUUUUACGAUGAGUAAAACACUGUGUUUCGAAAGGCGUAAAACUAGAAUUUAUAAACCGCCAGAUGUGCCUGGAUAUUUUGAAAAAUAUGUGUGGCCAUUAUACCUUAUUCAUUAUGAUGAAGUGCUUAGAAAGUGUACAAAUGUGACUUAUUUAGACGGAUCAGAUUCCAUUGAAAACAAUUUUAGAAGCAUUUUACAUAGAAUACUGGACUUUUUAAUUUAA